AUGGCCCUGUUUUCUCCUGAUGAUGUUGUACUUAUUGUGUUUUACUUAAGGGACCGCACCCAACAAGAACGUGAGGAGGCACUUCGUGAUUUCCGUGCUGGCCGUGCGCCCAUUCUCAUUGCAACAUCUGUUGCUGCACGUGGCUUGGAUAUCCCGGAUGUUAAAUGCGUGAUCAACUAUGACUUGCCUCAACAAAUUGAAGAGUAUGUGCAUCGUAUUGGCAGAACUGGUAGGAUUGGAAACCAAGGCAAAGCUUCGGCAUUCUUUGAACGUGGAAAGGAUGAUAAGUUAGCAAGAAGUCUUGUGAAAGUUUUAGCCGAUGUACGUUUAUGGGAAAUUUUCUUUUUAUUAUGGAUAGUUUACGCCUCCCCUAGGCAAGAUCUUGUUUCGUUUGUUCUCUUAAGAGAGCAGAGCUAGCUUUCGUAUACAGUUGGGAUUACUGUCACUCCUUAUGAAUAUAGCCUAUCAGUGAUCGAUAAAAUAAUUAUAUUAUGAUUACAGACAAUGCUGGAAAGUGUCCGGUAGCGUCAGCAGCAUCGCUGUCAGGGAAUUUUUAACAAAAUAUCUUCGCAGGAAAUUUUCUUACACCUUGCAGGAAUGCAUAUAAUUUACUAAAACUGUUUAAAAAUUCCAAAAGCGAUUUGCAAGUCCAGAUUGUCUUGUGCCGAGAUUGACGUUUAUCACAAUGUGCGGCACCAUACGUUCUCCGAAAUAUACAUUUGCAGGACGUUUUAUAUUUGACUUACACAGGAAAUUUUUAUUUUUGGGUUUUGCUGCCAGGAACAGAAAUAUAUUUUCUAGGCCUGAUUACAGACAUGACAUUACGCGUACAGUAAAAGUCCCAAUUUAUCUUUACAACAAUUACGCCUCCAUGAGAACCUAUACGUGUAGACAAAAUCAAUGACAAUCUCUUCCACGUGAGUAGGAUCUGCAGCGAGAAUCAAAUGGCCAAGGAUGAAGUAAGAAACUUGCUGUGACGACUACGUCACCAAAGCUUCUUAUUAGCGAGGUCUUGCUAUCCGAAGUCUUACUCUCCUACAAAAGGAUUGUUAUUAAAUUAUUAUUAAACAUUGCAUUUUUAGGCCUUGCAAGAGGUACCAAAUUGGCUUGAAGAAGUUGCCGAACGGGCACUGGGAACUAACUACGGACCUGCUGGAGGCAAGUUUGCUUCUCGCGACACAAGACAGGUAAGUCAGUCACAGGACCAUUACCUCGAUUGAGAACUUAUGUAUUGAACCUUGAAAAUAAGGGCUGUUGUUAUACCAUAGCCUAUCGAGGGAAGAUGGCUGUGAAACUCAUUAGAAUGAAACUCAUUAGAAUAACAAUAUAACUAUCUAUGUUAGUCAACGUUUAUUCAUAAAUCUGGUCGUUUCACCGUCACGUGUGUAUUGUAUUUUUACCAAAUCCACCAAUAGCAAUUUCCAGUUUCCCUAUAUUGUUCGAGUCACGGAUAGGUGACUUUCCUAAAACAUUGCUAUUGGUUAGCAGGGUGUUAGCCAGGAUUUCAAAAGUGGCCGUCCAAAAUAAUUGUGUGGGCGUGGCAACAUACUUUUGUGGGCGUGGUCACAUAUUUUUGGGCGUGGUCGCAAUUUUCUAUUGUUGAGGAAUUGUGGUGUUUUAUUCGUUGAACCUUUUUACUUUUAGUUUUAGAUGCACAUUUCCGUCAUUAAAUUAGUAAAAGCACACGCAUGAUAUGAUCACUACCGUAACUGUAACAUGGCGCUCGAGCGAUAAAGCGAUUGCUGUUUUGUUUCGCAUUUUCCUUGAUACUUCAUGCGAGAAUCAUCAAAAUGGUCACAAAAACAUAGCGCGUUUCACAAAAAUAUGGCGCGAAGUAUUCCAGAAAUAUUACAAAGCUUGUAGGUUGCUAUUUACUGAAAAUAUUCCAUUAGGCCGUCCAUGGCCGUCCAUUAAAAUUUAGCCGUCCAAAUUCAGAAGUGGCCGUCCUGGCUAACACCCUGUUGGUUAGUUGGGCAAGAAUACAAUACACACGUUACGGUGAAGGACCAGAUUUAUGAAUAAACGUUGACCAACAUAGAUAAUGAGUUAUAUUGUUAUUCUAAUGAGUUUCACAGCCAUCUUCCCUUCGAUAGGCUAUGGUUAUACCGAGCCAUUGAAGGCUAUGUAUAUACAGCUAUUUCAAUUAGGGUUGUCCCCCGAGCAAAGCGGAAAAGUCGAAUACGAGCGCAAAAGGCUGCUGGGAAUCGCUAAUAGAUUCAUUCAUUUAUUAGCGAUUCCCAGCAGCCUUUCACGCUCGUAUUCGACUUUUCCUCUUUGCUCGGGGGACAACCUUAAUUGAAAUAGCUGUAUACGAAAAAUGAACACCGUUUCGCACAUCCACAGGGAGGUAUGAAAUGAGAAUGUAUACUGCCCAACAUUUUGACAACGACGUUUUCGCUUGAUUUUUCACGAGUCGCUAGUUGAUACCGAAGAACCCUUGUUUGAGAUUGAAUAACUAAGGGAUGAAGAGUCAUCACUAAAUUUAAUAUUUCACCCAUUAUGAGUGUGUUUGUGGAAACUUACAAAACUCUCGAUCACCCUCCCUUCACCCUUUGGGACGCACUUUCCUCAGUUUCACACAAACCGGAAAUGCUCCUGAUGAAAUUCUCAUGCUAACUACUAACUACUGUACACGAAGGAAAAGUCCAAAUUAUAUUUUGUUCAUAAUUUAUCGAAUGAUAACUAACGCACAACUGAAUACUGUUAUUGAGCUAAGGAAGAGGGAUAUAAUUCACCUUAGGAAUUAAGGGCGUCUCUUCUAUCAUGAAAACACACAAUUUCGAAAAACACUUCUCGCCUGAGCGGCAAGCCAUAAACAGCCCCUGAAAUUCAAAGUAUGCGCUUCAUAUUGUACUAGAAAUACAUGCAUGCAGCAACCCCUCGUCUAUGUUUUCCAAACGUUGAUUUAAAAUGAAGUAUUAGUAAUUGAUCAACACUGAACGCAGGCUCGCGUUUACGUCAGUGUUGCCACAGAGAAGAGAGAUAUCUCCUCUGUGGUGUUGGCAUGGCAACACGAUAAUUUUAUAUUUUUACAAGAUUAUUAUAUUUUUUGUACAACCCGCCAAAAAUAGUUAAACGAUUAUUGCUUUUAACUGUAUAACAAUGAAUUUCUGAAAUAUGUAAUGUAGGUAUGUUGUUCUGCAUUUUGUGAGCUUUGAUUUAAUGCAAAAUUUAACCUGAAUCGCUUCGUAAAAUGUUUGAUAUGUUCAUUUUAAUAACUAUUAAAAUCUUUUUCCGAUAAACUGUUUUCAAUAUUAAUAAAACAAAACUGUUGAGUAAUUUCAGUUCGGUUUUCAAAUUAAUUUGCUCUCCUUUUUACAUUUUGCCUUUUUUUCUUAAAUUAAACAGGGUAAUUUAGCAAACUUACAGCUUCAUUGAAAAGGAAGCAGUGCGUGUGUUACGCAAUAUUAAAUUAAAGCAACAAAAUUAAUAAACAUGAAACAUUCAAACUUGCGUCCUAUAUUUCUUCUCAUUUCUUCAAACAAAAAUUACUUCAACGCUCAUUGUGUGAAACGUGAUUUUCCAAAUAUAUGCUUUUGAAAAUUGAAAUCUUGCGUAUCCCACUCAGUGAUCUCACUUCUGACAAACAGCCAUAUUUUUGAGAUCAGUGAAGUCCACCCAUGAACCAUAAUCACGCGCCUGCGAUCAUUGAUGAACUUUAGACUUCGCUAACGCUUUCCUUUCCCCGGGUGUAAAUAGCUGGGCGGAAUUAGUACCCUCGCCCCGGGCUAACGCCCGGAACUGCUCAUGGAUUAAAAACCUAUUGUAUUUGACUAAUGAUCUUAACUAUUUUGUUAUAGUUUGGCGGCGGUAGAAAUUCACAACCUCGACAGACAACCAACGUCUCGUUUGUAAAUACAUCAUCCAAUGCACAACAAAAUGGAGAUGAUGAGGAGGAAUGGGAAUGAGUGAGGCCCUGCAGACCGGAAGAGAGUUUAGAGUUUGGGUACUUUAGGACUUUUGUCUGAAGUAUCCACAGAUACAAUAUAUGUUAUUGUUUAUUUUCUAAAAACUAUAUCUGUUUUGUUUGAAUAAUUUCGCCUAUCUAUUUGUUUAAAGUUAUACAUGGUAGAUUCUGUGGUAUGAAGACUUGCAAAAUGGUUGUUAAUAGUUUGAUGCAUCCACUUUGUAUCAUACUACAUGAAAGAAUAAAAAUGGUUAAAAUUAUUUGUACCCAACAACUGGGACAAAACAUGUUGGACAAAACUGAGAUUUCGUAACUAUAAGUAUUGUAUGAAACAUUGUGUAUAUGUAUACCAAUUUAUUAGCAAACUUUUUAGCAAGAAACUCAAGAGACAAUGCUAAACUGUUUUUCAUUUAACAUACUAGCGGCUAAAUCGAGGAAUGCACAUUUCGUUUUUAUUAACACAAGUAAUCAACCCAGUCUUAUUUCGAGAUCAGUGCAUGGGAGGAGAUUAUUUCGACAGGUAUCCUUGUUUGUGUUCUCAAUCAAUAAGACGCUGUUUACCAUAGCAAGCCUAGUUCUCCGCUUAACGGGUAUUUUUGUAAUUGCACAUACAUGCACGUGUUGCUUUGGUAUGAUUUUGUGUGUGGUGAUGGUUCUUGCGUCAUGCAUUUUCCAUACCGGUGUGAUACCAAGUCAUACACACUCUAAAUGGUUCCUUUUGAAUAAUUCAUAAUUGGUAUAAUUUUUACAAUUAUGGUUUAUCUAUAUAGUAAAAUGUCUAGUUAUAUUAUAUAUAUGACGAAGCAGUCGUAUUGGUAUACAGAAUGCGAUGUGUGGUUGUAGUUCUGAGUUAUGGAUUUGGUAGAGUAUUAUUGAUAGUAUUAAUAGUUAAAGUUGUCCAUAACUAUGUGUUGUCGCAUGGUGAUAAAGAAAUAUAAAGACAGUGGUUUCUGACUGUUCGUGUUAAUGCUUUAAAUAAUUAAAUAGAUAAGCAUGUGUGGUCGGCCGAUCUGUAUGGGUUUAUAGGGCGCUUUCCAUUUAACGGCCUGACCGGUCAUACCCGAAUUUUUGUUUCGUUCCCCGCAGGAACGAAACGGUACUGUAUUUGGUUUCGAGCAAUUAUCACAGGAAAGUGACGUCGGAGAUCAAAGUUAUUCAAUCCUUUGCCAGUAUUCUUGCUCAAACGUCAAUUACAUUUAGAAUCGUCCAAUGAGAUGACCGCUCCUAGCAUAAGAAGUUUUUUGGAGGCGUGGCGUAUAAUUCGGAAAUCUUAGUUAAUUAUAUAUCAACCUAUGAGAACAUGCUAACUUAACCUGAAGUUCAGGCCCUAAUUUUAAAUAGCGCCUGACACAAAACCUGUCUAGACCGUGGGACGCUCACAUGUUAUUUUUAGACACAGCAUGCAAUAUGAUUGACA